GUGCUCAAUGUGCGUUCAGUCCUGAGAGCCCGCAGUUUGCUAGAACUGUCUCUAUGAUCUCUUCUUACUGCGGGGUGCAAAGAAUCCUCGGAGACCCUGAAGCCACACAAUGCCCAGGCUGGACAUUGAACUCAUGGCAAUCCUGAAUUGAUGAUAAUCUUCCUAUAUCAGCUUCCCAAGUGCUUGGAGAACAGGCAGGAAAGAGUGACCUUUGAGGAUGUAGCAGUGAACUUCACCUUGGCAGAGUGGGCUUUGCUGAAUCCAUCCCAAAAGAAGCUCUACAGAGAUGUAAUGUGGGAAACAUUAAUGAAUAUUAAUGCUAUUGUGUCUUCAAUACAGGAAGAACAUGGAAUAACCAGCAAGUUGAAGCAGUGAACAAAAAUUGCUCAAGAAAUCUAAGAUAUAAUGCAGACAAUUAUUUGAGAUGUGGAGGGAAGCAAUAUAAAAGUAAUGGACAUGGAAAAACCUGCAGUGGUUUCCAGUCCUUUCACAAGCAUGAAAUGGGAAAGACUAGAGAGAAACUCUAUCAAUAUGAACAGUGUGGGAAGGCCAACUUUAAUCUUAGUGAACAAAUUCACCCCAGAGAGAAAACAAUUUUAGGUAAGACAAGUGUAAAACCUUCCACAACACCCACUGGUGAGGAAAUCCAUAAAAGAAAUCACAGUUUGGGUAGUCGAUAUGUACACAAUCACUGUGAGAGUGUUUUCAUGUCUUCAUACCGCAGUCAGGUAUAUGAAAGAAGACAUGCUGGAGAGAAACCCCUUGUAAUUACAAAAUGUGUAAAAGCAUUAGCUCUUAGGAAUUCUUUUCAAAAACAUAAAAAAACUCACACUGGGGAGACACCGGAUGUAUAUGAGCAGUGUGGGAAAGCAUUCAAUAUACACAGUCACUGUCAAAGUCAUGAAAGAAUUCACACUGGGCAGAAACCCUAUUUAUGUAAGCAAUGUGGGAAAAUAUUCGGCACAAACAGGAGCCUUCUAGUACAUGGAAGAAUUCACACGGGGGAGAAACCAUAUGUAUGUAAGCAGUGUGGGAAAUCUUUCAGACACAAUAGUAGCUUGAAAGUACAUCAAAGAAUUCAUACUGGGGAGAAACCCUAUGAAUGUGAGCAAUGUGGGAAAGCAUUCAAUACACAAAGUUACUGUAAAAGUCAUGAAAGAAUUCACACUGCGGAGAAACCAUGUGUAUGUAAGCAGUGUGGAAAAUCUUUCAGUCGAAAUGGUGACCUUCUUGUACAUGAAAGAAUUCACACUGGGGAGAAACCCUAUGUAUGUAAGCAAUGUGGGAAAUCUUUCCGUCAAAAUAGUAACCUUCUUGUACAUGAAAGAAUUCACACGGGGGAGAAACCCUAUGUAUAUAAGCAUUGUGGGAAAUCUUUCAGUCGAAAUGGUAACCUUCUUGUACAUGAAAGAAUUCACACCGGGGAGAAACCCUAUGUAUGUGAGCAGUGUGGGAAAGCAUUUAGGAUGAAUGGUUGCCUUGUACUACAUGAAAGAAUUCACACUGGCGAGAAACCCUUUGUAUGUAAGCAAUGUGGGAAAUCUUUUAGUCACUGUCAAAGGCAUGAAAGCAUUCACACAAGUGUGAAACCCUAUUUAUGUGUGGAAUGUGGAAAAAGAUUUGCUGUUAAGUCCAAUUUUUGUAGACAUAGAAGAUUGCACUCCGAGGUGCAACAUUAUGCAAUGUGGGAAAUCUUUCCAGAAAAAUAGUGCCUUGCAAAGUCAUCAAAGUAUUCAUACUGGGGAGAAACCCUAUGGCUGUAAUAGUGUGGGAAAUCUUUCAGCAGAUUCAAUCACUGACAAAGACACGAAAGAAUUCACACAAGGGUGAAACUAUGUGUAAAAUGUGAAAACAGGUUUGCUGAUCAGUUCAAUUUUUGUAGACAGAAGAUCCUUCACCUGGGGGCAACAUUAUUCAGUGUGGGAAAUCUUUCAGCCAAAAUAGUACACUUCUUUUAAAUGAAAGAAUUCACACUGGGGAAAAGCCCUAUGUAUGUAAGCAAUGUCAAAAAUUUUUCAGCCAAAAUAAUGACUUAAAAACACAUCAAAGAGGGGGCUGGUGAUUUAGCUCAGCAGCACAGCACCUGCCUGGCAAGUGCGAGGUCGUGAGUUCGAUUCCCGGUACUGGAAAACAAACAAACAAAAUAAAUAAAUAAUAAAUAAAAAAUACAUCAGAGAAUUGACACUGGGGAAAAACCGUAUGUAUGCAAACAAUGUGCAAAAUCAGACAAAAUAUUAACCUUGUACAUGAUAGAACUCACUGGGGAGGAACCAUAUGUAUGUAAGCAGCGUGGGAAAUUUUCAGUCAAAAUAGUACCUUGCAAAGACAUCAAAGUAUUCAGACUGCGGAGAAACCAUGUGCAUGUAAGCAAUGUUAUAAAUCUUUCCACUACCAGAGUGAGUCUCACAAACAAGAAAGAACUCACAAUGGAAAGUCACACUGUGCACUUCAGCAAGUGAGGAAAGCAUCCAGUGCACAAGUAUGUGAGCAAGUGCAGGAGACAGUACACAACAAGGGAGAAACCACAUGUAUGUGGACAGUGUCAAAAAGAUGUGCUGGGAAAUUUUCAUUUUAGAAAUGUAAAAUUCCCCUCAGACUGGAGAGUAACUGCAUAUAAGAAAAGUAGGAAAAAAAUUCUGCUGACAUAGAUGCUAACCUUCAGAAUGAAGUAACACUGUGGCCCAUGCCUACGUAUGAACUGUGGGAAAGCACCCAGUAUACUUUGAAAAUUCCUCAUGUUGAGACC